AUGUUGAAAUCGGCAGACAAGUGUCCAGGAUUGUACUGUGGACGUACCGUCCUCGCAAACAGCUCACUCAGUGAGUGUGGAGCGUGUUUGCGAGGGUUUCGAGUAAACGCGCAGUACGUUUGCUCGCCGUGUGAAAAGGAUCUUACCUCCCACGAUUGGUUAUAUUUGGGUUUUAUGACCAUCCUUCCGUUGAUUAUUCACUGGUUUUGCAUCGAUUUGAACGCUCACUUGCGGAAAUUUACCAAAGGAGAGCUAAUUCUGCACGCCAGUGCAUGUGUGGAGGUGUUUCUAUCCGCAUUUCUUACCAUUUGGUUUACCGAUCCUAUUUGGCAGCUGCGGAUAAAUUCGUGCGGCGUACAGAAACUUUCGGACUGGUAUACACUCUUCCACAAUCCAACGCCCAACUAUGAGACGACGCUGUACUGCACACAGGAAGCUGUCUAUCCGCUGCAGACGAUGAUAUUCGUGUUCUAUCUGUUCUGCGUAACUUUCAUGAUGAUCAUUCGCCCGGGAUUAAAUGUAAAAUUUUUGCCAUAUCGGGGCAAGUUGGCCGUUUACUAUGCGCUGUACAUUUUCCCGAUGUUGGCUCUGCUUCAUGCCGUCGCCGGUGGGCUAAUCUAUUAUUCCUUCCCGUAUCUGAGUAUCCUUAUUUCGGUCGUGUCCAAUGCGCUACACUUUUCGAUCAAACUGGAUCAAACGAUGAAAUCACUGCUCGAGACGUCUAUUUCUCAAAUGAGGAAUGCCACCAUCAUUCUUGGCCAUUGGAUCCUGUUGGCGUACGGGAUAAUUUCCAUACCCUACGAAAUUUCAUUCUUUUCUCUGCUGCUAGUGCCUGUACCGGCACUGUUCUACAUAUUCACUGCAAAGUACACAGAUCCAGACAAUUUCAAGUAG